AUGUUUCUUUUACAUCGUACAUUUCUAACUCUGGUGCUUUUCUUCAAUGUCGUGUCUUCUGAGACAUACACACUUCAUAUUCGUGAUAAUGGUAAAAUUUGUUCCCAAUGGAUUAGUCCCGUAAAUGGUCAAUUCUCCAUUUCAUAUAAACAACAGCAAGAAUGUAUCAGUGCUGUCCAAUUCGAGCAAGCAAAUGGUCAAGCACGUCUCUGUUGUCAAGGUAUGCCAGUAACGACACCAUCAACAAAUUUUCCAAAAGAAUGCGGUAAACAACAAUACCAGCCUUUAAGACAACGUAUCAUUGGAGGAUUUCAUGCAAAUGCAAACAGUUGGCCAUGGCAAAUUCUGUUACGAGGAACCAGCAAUAUGUGUGGUGGUACUCUUAUUGAUGCACGUCAUGUUCUAACGGCUGCUCAUUGUAUCAAAACACCAGUUCAAGAAAGUAAUUACAAGGUAUACAUUGGUGCACACGAUAUUAAUAAGCCAAUGUACAUGGAACAAGAAUUGGUUGUGUCGAAAAUUUGGAUUCAUGAACAAUAUUCUGACAGUGCAAAUGCAAAUGAUAUCGCAGUGAUACGUUUGGCAAAACCAGUCACGGUUUCUGAUACAGUCAAUAUAAUUUGUCUCCCCGGUGCUGAAGCAAAGAACAUCAAUGAUACUGUUUGGGUUUCUGGAUGGGGAAGAACAGCUCAUCUUGGACAGACAAGUCCUGUUUUGAAACAAACACAAAUGGACACUAUGGGUAAUAAAUGUCUCACAUACGGUUCAAAUAAGUUCAAUCAAGAAAAACAAAUUUGUGCUGGUAAACACGGUGUUGGUUAUACAUGUCAAGGUGAUUCAGGAGGUCCCUUAAUGUACGAAUACGAAGGACGAUGGUAUUUGAAUGGUGUUGUCAGCUAUGGUGCUACUGAUUGUGGUGUUGACACUGGUCUUCCAGGUGUCUUUGCACGUGUUAAAUAUUACUUACCAUGGAUUAGAAGUAAAAUGACUUCAGCUUAA